UAAAAAGACACAAGUAAGUAAUACAGAGUAUAAAAAACAUAUACCAGAUAUAACACUAACAGGAGAUGAAGAAACUGUUAAAAUGAACAUAGUGCAGGGUAACAACUGAGAUACAGGACUAUUAAGUAUCAAAGCCAUCGGUUCAGAAACAAACCUUACCUAUAGCUCAUAAAUACCUCUUCUGUAACUACAGUAUAUAUACCUCUUCUGUAACUACAGUAUAUAUACCUCUUCUAUACCUACAGCAGAUAUACCUCGUCUAUAACUAUAGUAUAUAUACCUCUUCUAUACCUACAGCAGAUAUACCUCGUCUAUAACUACAGUAUAUAUACCUCCCCUCUAGCAGUCUGUCCAGCUAUUUGAAGAAACCCGUCACAGGAGCAGAAGAUUUCAGAGAUGGCAACAUCACGUUGUGUCACUGAGGCAAAGAGGUUACUGACAGCUCACCUGAAGAGAGUUCACCUGAAGAGAGAUAUCCAGACGACAGAUCUCCUGAACACAGAUAGCCUGAACACAGAUCUCCUGAACACAAAUCUCCUGAACACAGAUAGCCUGAACACAGAUAGCCUGAACACAGAUAUCCUGAACACAGAUAGCCUGAACACAGAUAUCCUGAACACAGAUAGCCUGACGACAGUUAUCCUGAUUGGCCUUGAAUCUCUGAAAGAGCAAAAACGUCCAGACAUUUUGAUUAAAUUUCUGCAGGCAGUCAUUCACGAUCUUCAGGAAGCUCAGGAAGUCAACAGCAAUGAGAGCUCAUUGAACACUACACCUGAGGAUCAGACACAUGAGAACCUCCCAAAGGCUCCAUCUGCUGAGAAUCAGACACAUGAGAACCUCCCAAAGGCUCCAUCUGCUGAGGAUGAGACACAUGAGAACCUCCCAAAUGCUCCAUCUGCUGAGGAUCAGACACAUGACAACCUCCCAAAGGCUCCAUCUGCUGAGCAUCAAACACAUGAGAACCUCCCAAAGGCUCCAUCUGCUGAGCAUCAAACACAUGAGAACCUCCCAAAGGCUCCAUCUGCUGAGCAUCAAACACAUGAGAACCUCCCAAAGGCUCCAUCUGCUGAGAAUCAGACACAUGAGAACCUCCCAAAGGCUCCAUCUGCUGAGGAUGAGACACAUGAGAACCUCCCAAAUGCUCCAUCUGCUGAGGAUCAGACACAUGACAACCUCCCAAAGGCUCCAUCUGCUGAGCAUCAAACACAUGAGAACCUCCCAAAGGCUCCAUCUGCUGAGCAUCAAACACAUGAGAACCUCCCAAAGGCUCCAUCUGCUGAGAAUCAGACACAUGAGAACCUCCCAAAGGCUCCAUCUGCUGAGGAUCAGACACAUGAGAACCUCCCAAAGGCUCCAUCUGCUGAGGAUGAGACCAAAAGUUGGUGGCCCAGCUCUGCCAAGGUUCUACAGAAAGUAGCUUGGUGUGCUGGCAUCGCCAUGGUGGGUGUAAUUACCUAUAAGGUCAUCACUCGAUGGAUAUGAGGUGUAGCACCGUCACCUCAUGUGAUAUGGGGUUUAGCACCGUCACCUCAUGUGACAUGAGUUGUAGCACCGUCACCUCAUGUGAUAUGAGGUGUAGCACCGUCACCUCAUGUGAUAUGGGGUUUAGCACCGUCAUCUCAUGUGACAUGAGUUGUAGCACCGUCACCUCGUGAUAUGAGGUGUAGCACCGUCACCUCAUGUGAUAUGAGGUGUAGCACCGUCACCUCAUGUGACAUGAGUUGUAGCACCGUCACCUCAUGUGAUAUGAGGUGUAGCACCGACUGUCCAAAGACAUGCAUCAUGACCUCUCACCUAAUGUGAACUGUGAAGACUCAUAUUGAGUGAGAGGUAUUCAGAAAACACAUUAUGAAAAAAAAAAAAAUCAAUAUAAUAAAAAAAUUAUAACUUUGAAGGGAAACUGAAUCUGUGAAAUGAAAUAAGAAUAAAAUAAGGAAAACUGAG